UCUAGCCAAAGGCCGAGGAAGGAGAAACCGCUCUGCAGUGUUUGAACUCCGAAAGUUCAGACAUGACAGAAGACCACGAGGAGAAAUCUGGAAAUGCAACAACAGGGUUAGAAAAUGACGACGGAGAACUUGGAAUGAAGCCAUGGGAGCAGCAUUCUACUGUGAUCAGCAUACCUCGCUUCGACUACAACGCUCCCUCUUCUAUCCUUCGUCACUCUCACUGUGGCUUUCUCAUCACCUGCCCCCUCAAGAGGGAAAAAAGUGCAACAAAAGAAGCAAUUUGUAUAUUGGAAAAGUAUAUUCCAAAUGCUGAUUCAAAGAAAAGGAAACUCUGCAUUAGGAGUGGAGACCCUGACAGCUUGGAUUGCAAGGAGUCUGGGUGUAGCAAUGAAAUGUCGGGCAAUAGUCUUGAAACAACUAGUAGGUUCACUGAGCUGGUUUGGGAAGAGUCUGAUAUGUGUGCAGAAAAGAAUCUUGACCUUUCUCUAGUGAAGUUGACCAGAAGUGGGUUGCUUCUCUUAACAUUUCCUUGUGGAAAGUCUCCUCCAAUUGUCAAUAUUCUAUUUGACAUUGUCCAGUCGCUAGAAUCUAACAGUUUAAGCAUGCCACGUUGGUGUCAUCGAAUAUUCCCAAUUCAAAGCACAUGUGUCUUAGAUGAGAAAGGACUUCAAAUGACAGUUCCCAAGCUUGUUAAUGGGUUUAUGAUUGACAAUCAAAACAAACUUGGCCAACCCGUUAAGUUUGCAGUGGGAUAUAACAGAAGGGGCAUUGAAGAGUCUGAGAUGAAAAAUACACAAAGUGACAAAAAUGAUCAUAUUUCUACUUUGCUGGACCGUACUAAAUGCUUUGAUGUUGUUGCAGCAAUUGUAAAAGAUAUUAUCCCCAAUUCAGUAGUAGAUCUAAAGCACCCAGAGUUUGCUGUCCUUAUUGAGUUACUACCGCUUUCUGGAACUCCUGGUGGUUUAGCAGUGGGUGGUGUGUCAGUUCUUCCAAAGGAAGUGUUUAGUACAAAACCACGGCUCUCCGUCAAGGCUUUGGUUUUUGACACAAAGGCUAAGGGUGUGAAAAGAAGCUAAUAAGGCAAUGUGUUUCAAAAUUUCAAAUGUUCCAAGCCAGUUCAUUUUGCUUGUGCUCAAGGUCUAGUUUUGGCCAGCAAAUAUUUAAUUGGCUGUAUAUUCUGAAAUGGAAUUGGAGCAGGUGGCGGAGGCCUAGAAUCAUCAUUUUAAAUCUGCCCAACUUUUUUGCCUAUAUUUUAUCAUGAAAGCGGACACCUUGUAUGACAACUAUG